UCCCGGCGGGCGGAGGCGGCGCGGCGGAGCAGGGGAGGGAGGAGGAGGAGGAGGAGGAGGAGGGGGGGGCCGGCCCGGCCGCGAGGGGAGCGCUGCCCGCACGGCGGCCGUUGGCGCGGGGAGGAACCGGCGGCGGCCGACAUGGAGGAGCGCGCCCCUCCCGGCGGGGGCCCGGCGGCCCCUCCGCGGCGCUGAGCGGCCGUCCGUCCCGCCCCGCCCCGGCAGCGGGCGGCGGGCGGCGGCCCCGCGGGGCGCCCGGAGGCGUGCGAGGCGGCGGGACUAUGCGGGGCUGCCCGCGGCCCCCAGCGCUGCGUGCCGUGCCCGGCCGGCGGCGGAGCCCCGCGGCGCUGCCCGGGGCGGGAAACUGAGCGGCGGCCUCGGCGGCCGUCCGUGCUCCCGGCCCCGAAGGAUCCGACGCGGAGGAGCUCUUCGGGAGGCACCGACAACAUGGCUUCCCCGCCGCACCAGCAGCUGCUGCAUCACCACAGCACCGAGGUGAGCUGCGACUCCAGCGGGGACAGCAACAGCGUGACGGUGAGGAUCAACCCCCGGCAGCAGCAGGGCUGCUCCUCGGCCAAGCGCUGCAAGUACAGCAUCUCGUCCAGCUGCAGCUCCGGGGAGUCGGGGGGCGCCCGGCGGGCGGGCGGAGGCGGCGGGCCCGGCCUGCGCCGGCAGAAGAAGCUGCCGCAGCUCUUCGAGAGGGCCUCGUCCCGCUGGUGGGACCCCAAGUUCGACUCCACCAACCUGGAGGAGGCGUGCAUGGAGCGCUGCUUCCCGCAGACCCAGCGCCGCUUCCGCUACGCCCUCUUCUACAUCGGCUCGGCCUGCCUGCUCUGGGGCAUCUACUUCGGCGUGCACAUGAGGGAGAAGCAGAUGGUGUUCAUGGUGCCGGCCCUGUGCUUCCUCUUGGUGUGCGUGGCCUUCUUCGCCUUCACGUUCACCAAGGCCUACGCCCGCCGUUACGUGUGGACGUCGCUGACGCUCACGCUCCUGGUGUUCGCCCUGACGUUGGCCCCGCAGUUCCAGGCCCUGGAUCCCCUCUCGGGGAGCGGCGACGCGUCCAACCGCACGGCCCCGGCCGCUCCGGUCGACACGUGCCUGUCGCAGGUGGGCAGCUUCUCCAUGUGCGUCGAGGUGCUCCUGUUGCUCUACACGGUGAUGCACUUACCCCUGUAUUUAAGCUUGUUUCUGGGACUGUCCUACUCGGUCCUCUUUGAGACCUUCGGCUAUCGCUUCCGCGAUGAGAGCUGCUUCACGCCGCUCGGAGGCGGCGCGGUUUACUGGGAGCUGUUGAGCAAAGCCUUCCUUCACGUCUGCAUCCACGCCAUCGGCAUCCACUUAUUUAUCAUGUCCGAAGUCAGGUCCAGAAGCACGUUCCUGAAGGUGGGGCAGUCCAUCAUGCACGGGAAGGACUUGGAAGUGGAAAAAGCCCUGAAAGAGAGGAUGAUUCACUCUGUUAUGCCCAGAAUAAUAGCAGACGACUUAAUGAAACAGGGCGACGACGAGAGCGAGAACUCCAUCAAACGCCAUUCCACCUCGAGCCCCAAGAACAGGAAGAAGAAGCCCUCCAUCCAGAAAACCCCCAUCAUAUUCCGGCCCUUCAAAAUGCAGCAGAUAGAGCAGGUGAGCAUUCUGUUCGCGGACAUCGUUGGCUUCACUAAGAUGAGCGCCAAUAAAUCUGCCCACGCGCUGGUGGGGCUCCUCAACGACCUCUUUGGGCGCUUCGACCGCCUGUGCGAGGACACCAAGUGUGAGAAGAUCAGCACGCUGGGGGACUGCUACUACUGCGUGGCCGGCUGCCCGGAGCCACGGGCGGACCACGCUUACUGCUGCAUCGAGAUGGGCUUGGGCAUGAUCAAAGCCAUCGAGCAGUUUUGCCAGGAGAAGAAAGAAAUGGUCAACAUGAGAGUGGGCGUCCACACCGGGACGGUGCUGUGCGGCAUCCUGGGGAUGAGGAGGUUCAAGUUCGACGUGUGGUCCAACGACGUCAACUUGGCCAAUCUGAUGGAGCAGCUGGGGGUGGCUGGGAAAGUCCAUAUUUCGGAAGCUACCGCCAAGUAUUUGGACGACCGUUACGAAAUGGAGGAUGGCAAAGUGACGGAGCGGGUCGGCCAGAGCGUGGUGGCUGACCAGUUAAAAGGACUGAAGACCUAUCUGAUCUCUGGUCAGAAGGUGAAGGAGCCCCACUGCAGCUGUUCGCAAGCCUUGCUUCCCAGCUUGGAGGCUGGGGAUGGAGCCAGGAUGCAGGCAGCUCCCUCGGCCGAGAACGCCGCUGACUCCACGAAGGCUCUCAAACACGUGGAAAAGCCAAAGGCUCCAGGAGGACACAGCCCAAAGACUCAGAAUGGACUUUUGAGUCCUCCGCAGGAGGAAAAGCUGAGCAACAGUCAAACCUCGCUUUAUGAAAUGUUGCAAGAGAAAGGAAGAUGGGGGGGAGUGAGUCUGGAUCAGUCGGCUCUCCUCCCUUUGAGGUUCAAGAACAUCAGAGAAAAGACAGAUGCCCACUUUGUGGAUGUGAUUAAAGAGGACAGCCUCAUGAAGGACUACUUCUUUAAACCACCUAUCAGCAAGCUGAGCCUGAACUUCUUGGAUCAGGAUCUGGAGAUGGCCUACAGGACGAGCUAUCAGGAAGAGGUGAUGAGGAACGCACCCGUGAAGACGUUUGCCAGCGCUACCUUCAGCUCCCUCCUGGACGUGUUCCUCUCCACCACAGUCUUCCUCAUCCUCUCCGUCACGUGUUUCCUGAAGCAUGGCAUGGUGGCAUCCCCUCCUCCCCCUGCUGCUGUCGUGGUGUUCGUCAUCGCCAUCCUGCUGGAGGUGCUGUCCCUCGUCAUCUCAGUCAGGAUGGUGUUCUUCCUGGAGGAGGUGAUGGCUUGCACGAAGCGCCUCCUGGAGCUGAUCUCCGGCUGGCUGCCGCGGCAUUUCCUCGGUGCCAUCCUGGUGUCUCUCCCAGCUCUUGCAGUUUUUUCACACUUCACCUCUGAUUUUGAAACAAACAUACAUUACACCAUGUUUAUGUGCUGUGCCAUUCUGAUCGCCAUUGUGCAGUACUGCAACUUCUGCCAGCUUAGCUCCUGGAUGAGAUCUCUGUUGGCAACCGUAGUAGGAGCAGUGCUUCUCAUUCUGCUCUACGUCUCCUUGUGUCCGGACAGCUCUGUGGAAACCUUGCAUCUAGACUUGGCACAGAACCUUAGCUCCAGGAAGAGUCCGUGCAACAGUUCGAUGCCGGCCGACGUGAAGAGGCCCGCAGACCUGAUAGGUCAGGAAGUGAUUUUGGUGGUCUUCCUCCUGCUGCUCCUGGUCUGGUUCCUGAACCGCGAGUUCGAGGUCAGUUACCGCCUGCACUACCACGGGGACGUGGAGGCUGACCUUCAUCGCACCAAGAUUCAGAGCAUGAGGGAUCAAGCCGACUGGCUGCUGAGGAACAUUAUCCCCUACCACGUGGCCGAGCAGCUGAAGGUUUCCCAGAGCUAUUCCAAAAACCACGACAGCGGCGGAGUCAUCUUUGCCAGCAUUGUGAACUUCAGCGAGUUCUACGAAGAGAACUACGAAGGAGGCAAAGAGUGCUACAGAGUCCUGAAUGAACUGAUAGGGGAUUUCGAUGAGCUGCUGAGCAAACCUCAUUACAGCAGCAUUGAGAAAAUCAAAACCAUCGGGGCGACCUACAUGGCUGCUUCGGGGCUGAACACGUCGCAGUGCCAGGACAGCAACCAUCCCCACGGACAUUUGCAGACCCUUUUUGAAUUUGCCAAAGAAAUGAUGCGAGUGGUGGAUGACUUCAACAACAACAUGCUGUGGUUUAACUUUAAACUUCGGAUUGGCUUUAACCACGGCCCCCUGACUGCGGGGGUCAUCGGCACCACCAAGUUGCUGUACGACAUUUGGGGUGACACUGUGAACAUUGCGAGCAGAAUGGACACCACGGGCGUCGAGUGUCGCAUACAGGUGAGUGAGGAGAGCUACCGCAUCCUGAGCAAGAUGGGGUAUGACUUUGACUACAGGGGGACGGUCAAUGUGAAGGGGAAGGGUCAGAUGAAGACCUACCUGUACCCCAAGUGCAUGGACAACGGGAUUGUGCCCCAUCACCAGUUGUCCAUAUCUCCAGACAUUCGGGUUCAGGUGGACGGCAGCAUUGGGCGGUCUCCCACCGAUGAGAUUGCCAACCUGGUGCCUUCUGUACAGAAUUCUGAUAAGACAGCCCACGGCACAGAUAACUCAGAAACCAAGGAUGCUCUUCCUUCCUCCAAGAAGCUCCAGAAAGAGCCGACGAAAGCAGAAGAGAGGUGCAGGUUUGGCAAAGCUGUAGAGAAGACUGACUGUGAGGAAGCGGGAACUGAGGAGGUCAAUGAACUGACAAAGCUAAAUGUCUCUAAGAGUGUAUGAUGCACUGUCAGAGUUGCAUGAAGUGCUCUGUCAAUAGAAACACAAAAGACGUUUGCAAUUGGCGGUUUUCUUUUCCAAGAGAGACCUUCCCAACACCUGGGUUGUACGUUUGUUUUCAUUUCAGCGCCUGGUGCUGUGUGGAUCACAGCUCUUCAGGGCUCGUUUUCAUCCAUCUCUCUCCUCCAUGCCCCAAAUCACAUCCCCAGCUCCCCAGCUCCCCGUGCAACCAUCUUACAGCUGAGUAGAGGAUAUUAAGUGCCUUCAGAUAUACUCCAUUGGACUCCCUGUCAAGGUACAGAGGCCCCAAGUGAAAUCAUAGCUUUGGGUAUUUAUCUAAUUUUAAAGAAAAAGAGAAGCUGUGGUUAUAUCAUUUUUAUUGUUGUUUCUCACAAAACACUUUUUUUGGCUGAUGCAACUCCUUGGGUUUUUUAUAUCUAUCUGAACAAUGUUUUACUGUUAUCAGACCUUUUGUAUGUAAACACACAGACCAACGUGCAUGUAUCUACCGUGUGAGACUGACAUCAAGUGCCAGUAACGUACCACGAGAGAAUGUCUUGGCAAGGGGGUGGCAGAGUUUUCCUUUGGAUUGGGCUGGAGGAGGAGUUCUGCAGUGGCUCAACAUUUAGGUAGAGUAGGCUGAACAACUGCUGUAGUUUUAUUCUCCUUUACCCAUGCUUUCUUCAAACUUAAUGUGCCAUCGUGUGCUUUGGAUACACUUCUUUUCCAUAUAGCCAUUGAGUUACUGAUCUGUGGGAAUGGAAUAAGGGGUCGGACUGCACCAGCUCUCGGGACAGGCUUCCAGAAGCAGCCAAGUGCCCAGAAGAGCAUCACUGUUUGGGUCUUACGUGUCUAAAAAGUGUUUCGUGUUACUCCGCUCACCGGCUGAAUUGGCGAAGGUAGGUGAAGUCGGUGCCUCCAGGCUGGUCUGAUCCGAGAGAGAGAAAAGUCAAAUAAAUGUUUUGGAGAUGCCUUUA